ACUGCUGCCCAAUAUCAAAGACCAGAUUGUCACCUAGGAAUAACAGUAGAACAACUUUACAAAUAUCAAGACAGCGAGUCAAAACGAUUCACCAACAAUAAAUUUCAGUCCACUAAUUCAAGUGUCAGACAAAAGAAGUUACGUAAGAAUCACAAGUCGAACAAUGGCUCAAGCGGCAAGAUUCCUGGUCAUCAUUCUGUGUGUGAAUGUGGUGACAGUAACAGCCAACGAGAUGGGUAACCGAGAAUCCGAUUACUACAACUGGAUGGACGAAAUUGCCCAGGCAGCCUGUACCGGUGUUAUGACCGUAGAUGGGACAGUGUACGCCGUGCGCAGAUACUGUGUUGCUUCAGGCCAGCCGAUUUGUUCCACCGUAUGCACCAACCAGGGUUUGACAUGCUUUGAGGCGCUUCAUGUUUACCCUAAUCAACCAAGGCUGUCGGAAACCCACGGAGAAGCUGUAGGGGAGGUAGGACCCUGGGUACACAGAUAUGGCAGCUGCGGUAGUACUCAUUGUGGACCAAACUACUGCUGCUGUCGUGGAUAA